UUAGUUCAGAGGGGAUCAUGAUCUUUUGCUUCCUCUUGACCGUUGUGGCAAUAAUCUGCAUCGAGAUGUCGCUGGUGUCCUGGUUUGUCCAGUUGAAGAGAAUAUUUGCCAUAUGCCUCUUCAUAAGUCUGGUGUGGUAUUGGAUUUCUCUCAAGCCUAACGCCCAGACUGCUGAAAUACACUGCGAUGCCGAGGUGAACCUUUCCAAGCAAAUGCUGGCGGAAAUCCAGAAGCUUGUGAAUGAAGAUAGCAGCUGGAGAAACGACUCUCUAGAUGAUGCGCGGAGUAAAAUUCUUAUCAACUUUAAACACCAUGAUUACGAAUCCUCCAGAAAGUGGCGCUUCGAAGACGCGUUUGGGGUCGAACCCGACAUGGUUAUCAAGGUCAUGGGCAUUUUCUUGAUCAUCGUGGCAAUAAUUUGCACUGAGAUGUGGUCGGUGGUGUCCUGGUUUGUCCAGUUUAAGAGAUUGUUUGUCAUAUACUUCUUCAUCAGUCUGUUGUGGAAGUGGUAUUAUCUCUACAUGAUUGCCUAUGCUGAACAGCAGGCCAAACUUGCAAUGAUGGAGAACCUCAAAGAUAAAUGCACCAGAGUGAAGAAACUUGACUGGAUGGACAAUAUCAAAGAGUGGAUUUGGACAACUUGGACUGUUCAGGACGACCCCUGUAAACAAUACUAUGAGACCAUGUAUGUGAAUCCGAUCCUACUCGUGCCUCCAACCAAGGUUGUCUAUAUGACCAUGUCCAUCUUAAUUACGGACCCUCUGAAGCACUUGGGAGAAGGCAUUAGCAAGUUCCUAAAGGCCUCACUGAAACCCCUGCCUGUUACACUUCAUUUUCCUGUGCUUCUUGUAUUCGCGCUUGCCAUCGUGGCAUGUCAUUUUGAAUGGUUUCGGGUUUUCGGUGGAAAAUGGCUGUAAAACCUUUUAUUUUCAGUUGCACUGAGAUCAGGACUGAGCAAAUCCCAACUAGGGGUGUGCGAUAUUGACCAAACAUAUCUCGAUUUUUUUUGGAAAAGUAUGGAAUUUAAUUUGUGAAUUCCAGGUCUGGAUUUGUUUGAGGAGGCGAAAUCAAGCAAAACAGGCAAUGCGGUGUCUAAAACAUAAGUCUUUUAAUAUUAACUUCUUGUUUUUUAAAUUGUUAAAUAAAAUCAACGUCACCUUUGUAAUCGUGCUGAUCUUUGGAGGACUUUUCGUGUGACGUACACAUUUUCCAUCCCCAUAUCUUACAUUUUGUGAUCAUUCUAAAUGCACUCUACUAGACUUAAUCACGUAGCGUACACGUGCACCCCGUAGAUGUUUUGUUUGGUUUUUGCAUUAUACACUGUAAUGUCAAAUCGUUAAUACAACAAUUACGAUAUUUUUGUUGACAAUAUACAUCGUACACCACCAUUGCCAACUCUUAAUGAUUGUGUGUCGUAUCAUUUCAAACGGUCCAAAAAUCUUUUUUAUCCUUUGCCCAUGUCUUUAUAUACAGCGCUGGGCAAGCAGCUGUACACCAUGCUGUUUUUGGACCUUCUGCUCCUUCAAUACAGGAGUCAGAGCAACAUAUAAAUACACGUGAGGAACCGGGCUCAUCUUUACAAAACGCAUCCUGAAAUUUUAAUUGUUGUUAAUCUGUUCAUAGUGUAUAUAUUUAUUUUUUUUAGUUCAAUUUACUCUUCAAAAAUGUGCUAUUUUAAAUUUCAUCUGUUUCAAAAAUAAAUAAAUGUUUAUGAAAUUGA